GAUAAAAAUGAGCCAAUCAGUGCGCGAGAAAUUAGACAGUUAUUGUAAAAAUAGAUUUAGAUUUCUAACCUCUAACGUUUAAUAGCUGUUUUGUUUUACUCUACAUCAGCGCAUGCUGAGGUUAGCUUUUCAUUGACCUGUAAUAAUGUUUUUUCUACAUAAGCAGCAUUGCCCCCAGCUGAGGAAUAGGCAUUAUUCUUCUUUGUGCCUUGCACGGUUAGAGGGCUAGUGUUUUCCUUCUAGCACAAAACUAAAUUGUUAAGAAGAGAUUGUUCAGUGAGUUUGCCACCAGUCAGUAUGAUGUGUGUAAUCUUUAUGUAUUUUAUUCUUCGAUAUUCCAGAAGCUUUCUCGGACUCGCCAUUCCGGUUUGCAACGCGCUCUGUGGACAGAACAGAGAACGACGACUGGUUUAACCACUGCAGAGAUAACCGGGGUUCCAUUACGGCAACUCUUGGCAUUUCGCCAGCAACAACACUAAAUGUAUACACGUGUCAGUUCUCGAGCUCUGAUCCACCCUUGAUCGGCUAUGCGACCUUGCCUUGGGAACACAGCGAGUCGGAUUUACAACACGGUGUGGCAAUACAUCACGGAACACUGCCGGGAGGAGGGAUGGUUACAUUUAACCUUGGAGAUAAUGCUGUUCACGAGAUCGGCCAUUACUUUGGUCUGUUUCACGUGUGUGAGGGUGGCUGCACAGAAGAUGAAGACGAUGAAGUUGCAGACACCCCACGCUGUGCUGAUUACACGUAUAUCUGCACAGACCAACCAGUGGACACCUGUAAAUUUCAAAGUGGACUGGACCCAAUUCACAAUUACAUGGGCUUCAUGGAGGAUGCCUGUAUGUAUGAAUUCACACCAGGUCAGAUAACUAACAUGGCGCAGCACGUCAAGACCUUUAGACCUACUCUGAUGAAAAACAUCCACAGUGAGUAAUUUUAGACUGACAGUGUCUUUCAUUUCACUGAGUGUUUCGAGUAAUGUAUCUACAAUUUUUCUUCUUUGAGGUUAUUCUGCCAGUUAGGUCGCGCGAUUAACUCCAAGCUUUAAUAUUGAGCCGUCCGAAAGCUCUCGUUCAAGUAAUCUUGGGGUAACCUCCCUAAACAGAAAGCUUAGCCCAUCACUGGUUAGUCCACCGUAGUCUCUCGGUUGGACGAAAUCACUGUAAAAGAAGGGUAUUUCCAAGAACACAAGAAAACGACUCCGACCAGGUUCGAACAGUACCAGGUCAACAAAGUCUACACGGAAUCGAGAAUCCCAUACGUUGACCACACCCUAAGCGAAUGCCUUUACAUACACAACUCAUUACAGGAACUACGUCACGGUUUGCGCAUCUUGAAAAGUUUAGCCUAAAUUUUUCAAGUUCGUCGUUUGUAAUCCGUG